GCAGGCCGGGGGUCGAUGGACCGGGGAGCCUGCCUGUCUGUUCGCCCUGCAGACAGCGAGACAAAGCGGACAGAAGACGAGCUGUAAACGAUAUUUAAAAACCCGGAGCACGGUGCUGCUUCAUCACUGCGGCUCUAAAUGACCUUUCUUCUUGUUUAAAGGGAGUUAUGAAGACAAUGUAAGCGGCGGACAAUCAUCACGGAGGGGUAUGGCUGUGAAGGUCCAGAUGUUGGCCUGAUGACGAUGCUCCAUAAUCUGACACUCCGAGGACACAUAAUAACACAUGCUGCUGGGUCACGAAGAAGAAGAACUGUGGAAGACUGACCGAGACACGGAGAGGACACUCAGACAGUAAACAUAGAGACAGCUUGGAUGUAAAGAGGACAACAUGACGUCCCAGAUGUGGACCCAUCUCCCUAUCCUCGUCUUGGUCGUGGUCUUGGUCCCGUCUUGCUCUGUCCUGGCGGCUCGCUCAGACAGGAACCCGCCGUUCGAGGAAUAUGUCUGCGCCACGGUGAACGCCACGGUGCUGGACGGACGAGGGAACAACGUCCACAUGAUGAGUAGCGACGAGGGGACGUAUGGACAGAACUCCCCAAAAGUGGACACCCGGGGGGUCGUCAUCGCACCUUCACCACAUCACGGAGUGGUCGAUCGGCAGGGCUGCGACCCAAACACGCGCUUCCUGGUCCCUCCUCGAAACAUCCACUGGGUGGCACUGCUACAAAGAGGAAACUGCACCUUUAAGGAGAAGAUCCUGAAGGCAGCCGCGUACAACGCCACGGCGGUCCUCAUCUACAACAACUCCACCAACAAGACGGUGAAGAUGGGCCAUGAGGGUACAGGCGAUACGGUGGCUGUGAUGAUCACAGAGGCAUACGGGAAAGAGAUCCUGGCCCACCUGGAGAGGAACCUGACGGUCGUGGUGUCAGUUUUGGUGGGCGACCGCGGCUCAUCCAAGAACAUGAACCGAGGUUCUCUGGUCUUUGUGUCCAUCUCCUUCAUAGUCCUCCUCAUCAUCUCGUCAGCCUGGCUCGUCUUCUACUUCAUCCAGAAGAUCCGCUACACCAACGCCCGCGACCGCAGCCAGCGCCGUCUUGGCGAUGCAGCAAAAAAAGCUAUUGGGAAACUGACCACGAGGACGGUGAAGAAAGGAGACAAGGAGACUGAUCCAGACUUUAACCACUGUGCCGUGUGUAUAGAAGCAUAUCAGCUGAACGACGUGGUCAGAAUUCUGCCCUGCAAACAUGUCUUCCAUAAGGUGUGUGUGGACCCCUGGCUGAACGAGCACUGCACCUGUCCUAUGUGUAAACUCAACAUCCUCAAAGCUCUGGGCAUCAUGACCAGUCUUCCCUGCGUGGACAGCGUGGUGUUGGAUGUGGAUCGUCUCGGUGUUGGUCAGACCUCCAGCAGCCAGAGGGCACCACUGAAUGACAGCAACCAGCCGUCCAUUAGCCUGGAGCCACUAAGCCCGCCCCACCCUGAGGUCACGCCCAGAACACCUGCUGACAUCAGCAUCGCUGUGACCAGCGGAGGUGGUCAUUUUUUCAACAGGAAUACAAUGUCUCCUCACAGUGUCGUCUGUGAUGUGGAGCUGCCAGACAUCCACCCAUCACUUGAUCUCUAUGACGACAACAAGUCCUGAGGCCCAUUGUCAUGGUUAGCCCCCCGACCCCCCGCCCCAGGGACCACUUCCUGCUGAUGGGACGCAGAGGUGUUUCCUGCAGGGGGGAUCUGAAAACCUUUCAGAGUAUAUUUCUUUUUUUUUUUUGUCCCAUCAGACCAUUUUAGUUUCCCCAGAAGAAGAAGAAACUCUUUGGAGGACCUGCAGCAGUAAUCAGGAGACUUUGUUGAAAACUU